CGUCUCCAAACAGCAGAACACCACUUAUUGCGUCCUUCUCACUGACCCACGUUUUAGUAGUCUAUUGUGGGCGAUUAUCAUAGUAUGUUAUAUAAUCUGGCUGAUAUUCUGCGUCUUGGUGUUCUGUCCACGCCGUAACUGAGUGCUGGGCCUCGCACUUUCCUUCCUGCCUUCACCGGGAAGUACAGCACAUCUAAGGAUGCGUCGCCUCCACAAAACAACUCACCCGUCACUGAUAUUUCCUUUUUUUUUUUUUCUUCACCAUGACUUCUAGAUAUUAUUUAUCGUUUUGUUGUAUCAUCUCGUGAUAAAUUGGAUAAAUUCUUUUUAUUGAACGAGUGAUUGAUCCAUAUAUUAUGAUAAAAUCUGGUGAUGCCAUCUAUUCUUCCAAGGUCACACUUAUUUAUUUCAUCAGAGUUUCGUAUCUUUUUUUUUUACAAUCCCUAAAAACUUUUUCUGGUUUAUUAUACAUAUAAAAAAUAACGAAGUUUGGCCACGUCAUUACGGACGUAAUCGUCCACUUCGAGGAAAGUACUUACUGUAGACUGAUCAUGUUGGUUAAGGAUAUUUUUAUUCCAAGAACCAUUAUUUUGCUGUGAUAUUCUUGAGACCAGAUUUAGGGCUCCGUUAAUGAUUGGGCUUUAACUUUAAGUACGGUACAUCCAACCUUAACGAUACUGACGAAACUUUAAACAAUCGUAAACAAACAAGAAUCUAUUGUUAACUAGAAAUAACCUAAAACUAACCCUAUACAUUCCAGGGGUAGAGGACAUGGGUAGCUUGGAGGGGAUCAUUGGGGCCUAACUUUGGUCUUGUCGGGUUCCUUGCUCAAGGCGUCUGCUACAUUGUGCGUAAUUAAAACUCGAAAUGAGAUUGAAUAAUUUUAAGAUUAUUCCUUUCAGCAAUUUUUUUUUCUUGUUUUUAUUUAUUAUGAGGAAAUAAUUUACUUAUGAACCACAGGGAUGAAAUGCAGGUAUGUAUCGCUUCUCAUUUAAGACAAAGGACUCAAUUGGUGCGAAGCAAAAUUAAAUUGACCAGUUUACGAUUCUACCACUCAUUUUUGUUGGAAUAAUUUCACCGCAGGAGCCACAUAUGCUGGAAUUACUUUGUAAUAUCAACAGUAGAAAGUAAAUAUUUAGAAAACUUUGAACCAGGCAUGUACAGUAGUUACCCUCAGCGCCAUCUAUUUUGUGAAUCCCGCCAUUGGCGCAAUUUGGCGGCGCCAGAGGCCCAAAAGUUGUCAUUUAACGCUGUUCCCGUUAUAUUCCGACGGUGAGUGUCUUUGACUACUCUAGAAGAUUGCAGCAAAAGUGAGUUCAAGUGAUAUAGGACGGUGAACCUGUUCCACCAGUCGUUACCAGUUACCACCACAGACACACCUCACUCAGUGCUUGAACAGCAAGGACGUGCAUCAGUUGUAACUGGACGAGGCUGUAAUAUGAUUGUACAGGCAAUGGCACAAAUGUGUGUGAUAGUGGUGAUCGUAAUGGCGGCUAUGGUGUGUGUUGCUGGGUUCCGAGUGCCUUUGGUACCACCUCCAGGUCCAGCACCAGCCAGUAACUGCCAGUACUGGUGCCGCACCCCAGAGAACCGUUUCUACUGCUGUCGUGACGACGUCCUUUCAGAACCCACUGAGCACUCUGGCUACUGCCCAGCCACACGCGCUGUCUGUCCCAUCACGAGGAAGCCUCUCCAGGACCACUUGCCGCGUGUGGACUACAACGGCGUUACUUUCCCCGACUUGCCUAAGUUUUGUGCAACGGACGGGUCUUGUGAAGGCUACGAAAAGUGCUGCUUCGAUCGCUGCUUCAGACGUCACGUGUGCAAGUUUGCCUUCAGCGAGGAUGGUCCGCUCACGUACUCUGACGAGGCGGGGCUCCAGGCUGACGUAGUCCAGCAUACCUUCGCAUACGACCCUCACAGAUUCGUCUGAUCCUCCACAACACGCACCGAGCCUGUACACCACAACACGCACCGUGCUAUAGUAUCCAUUAUUUAUCCUCCGCCGUCUGUUCGUGUUUGGAAUUUACGUCUAUAAUUUUUAUUAGGUAUUUUGAAAACUACAGAACUGUAAAUGCUAUAAGAGUUCGAUUAGCGGGUAUUUCAGUACAGAGUAAUGUAUUGGCCCUCGGACAAGGCUGGAAACACAGCAGGGGAUAUGUUUAAAUAAAUAUAUAUUAUCAA